AAAUCCCUUUUUUUUUUUCCAGUCACAAAAAAAGAGAAAGCUUCAUAUUAUCCUUAUUUCCUUGGAAGGCAGAAGAAGUGGAAUAAUCUCUGUGUGCAAAUUUCCAGAGCUUUCAUGCUCUUGCAAGAGUUGUGGCUACAAGCAGAGGAGCGGGGUGUAGGCAUGCACACACCCACCCACUGGUUACUGCAAAUAUCACUGCUGUGGGCUUCUUCCAGAAAUAGGUACAGAAAGGAGCUUCUUAUCAUGCACCUGGAGACAGGAGGUGGAGAAGUGCAUUAUGACUGUUAAAUCCUCAAUACCCAUAGGAAGCCCUUACUUUCUAGGUCUGAUAGCUGCACUGGAUCGCUGAUUGAGGUCCCCUCUAAAUUAUAACACUAAAAACAAUGGCAACAGAAUGUAUAAAAACCUGCUGUAAAUUGUGUUUCUGCGUGGAUGAGGAAAAAAAUGAUUCAGUUUCCAUGGUGCAGGAAUCUGAAGCAGUAGCUGCAAGCAAGCCAACUAUUGUAGAGCAGCCUCCAUUGUCUUCUGUGUCAGUGAAGCGUCAAGUUGGCUGUUCUGAGGAUUAUUUGCUUUCUAAGCUGCCCCUGGAUGGCCAGGAGGUACCAUUUGUGGUCCCUCCAUUCAGAAUGGCUUAUGUACAGCCAAAGAACCUUCCUGGUAUCUCACAUGCUGGAGGGAUUAAAGAGUCAGCCAGAGCCUCGUUUGGCGAGCGGAAGGCAGAGCUGCACGGCGCGUUCCAGUGGCCCAGCUGUGACGUCUACAACCCCUUCUAUCUGGAGCAUCGCGUCUCGCCUGAUCUCAUCAGGCGCUGCCCGGCAAAGGCAGAUAGCAGGAAAUUGUAUGGAUCAGUUAGUGAUUUAAGAGCCAGUGCUUUGGCUGGGCCCCUGGAUGUGAGCCGUUCGAUGUUUGAUCUGAGGAGCCCCCCUCACCGGUUCAUCAAGAGAUAUGAUUCAGUCUCCAGUGUACCCAGCAGUUCUUCUUCCAGGAAGGAUUCACAAGGCAGCAACAGGAGUCUGGAUACUAUUACGUUAUCUGGUGAUGAACGAGACUUUGGAAGACUGAAUGUGAAGUUGUGUUAUGUUUCUUCUGUAGAGCAGAUUUGGAUCACAAUUUUACAUUGCAAGGACCUGAGCUGGCCUUCUAGCUGUGGGGAAAAUCCUCGUAUCUGUGUCAAGGGAAUUCUCACACUGCCCAAGCCAGUGCAUUUCAAGUCUUCUGCCAAGGAGGCCUGCAAUGACAUUGAAUUUAUGGAAACUUUUGUUUUUGCCAUUAAACUGCAAAGCCUGCAGGCUGUCAGAUUGGUAUUUAAAAUCCAGACACAGACUCCCAGGAAAAAAACGAUUGGGGAAUGUUCCUUGGCACUGCGGGAGCUGAGCUCACAGGAGUCCAGUCAUUGGCUGGAUAUAUCUCCUCCUUCCAAAGCACCUGUGUGCCGUGCAGAACUUCAAAUAGGAACUUGUUUUCAAGCAAUAAACAGGAGGAUACAGUUACAGAUUCUUGAAGCACAAAACCUUCCUGUUUCAUCUACGCCACUGUCUUCAAAUUUCUUUGUGAAAGUUGGAAUGUUUACUACAGAAGGGAUCAUCUAUAAAAAGAAGACUCGCCUUCUGAAGUCCACUAAUGGCCAAGUGAAGUGGGGAGAAAUGAUGGUUUUUCCAGUUAGCCAAGCAGAACAAGGAAUUAGCUUUCUCAUCAAGCUCUACAGCAAAAGUUCAGUGAGAAGAAAACACUUCCUAGGACAGAUCUGGUUAAGUUCUGAUAGCAGCAACAGUGAAGCAGUAGAGCAGUGGAAAGAUACCAUUGCAAAUCCUGAAAAAGUUGUUGUUAAAUGGUACAGCAUUGGCCCAUCUUGAAGACUGGAGAUGAAAUUCAAAACUGAUUUUUCUACAGAAAUUCAUACGCUGUCUAAAAUAGUAUAAAUUAAAAAUAAAUAUAUUGUCUGUGCAAGUUCUUCAGAAGUUCUCCACUGCAUCAUGCCUCUGUGGAAACAGAAAAUUCACUUUCACCAAGAGAAACACUGGUUAAAUACUACUAAAAAGAAGACUUGGGAACUGGAAAAAGUGCUCACUUGAUUUUCACAAAAUCUGUCUUGAAAAAAAGAUGUUUGCCCCUUUUGGAUUUCCUAAAAGCACAGAAAUUCAAUUUUUGAGAGAAGCAACUUAAAUCAAUUCUGUUUCACUAGCCACUGACAUCAUGCUCACCUGCAGUGUUGUUUUUGGCAGACUCCAAACCAGGGAAUGGGUCAUGUCAGUGGCUUGAUUCUGGGUACCUGUGAGCAUCUGGGCUUGCUGACACCAUUUGAUCAGGAUAAGAUGUGCCUGAGCAAUUGGGGAAGCUGUGGCAGCAGGAGAAGACAUAAAGGGAAGUACACAAUAAGGCAGCACCCAUAAGCUUUUCUGAUCUCCAUUUUGGAUGAAGGGUUGUUCAGAAGGCUGUAGCUUGAGCUUGCCCCCAUCCUUUUCUCAAAACAGAGAGAUGGAAAGAUAAAAGUUCCUCUGCCUUAGUGAUCUUUACAAGAGGGGCCCUCCAGACUUGCUCUGUUUGGGUAAAUUCUGGCUGGAAUCAAUGGAGUAGUACAAAGAGGCAAUGACCCUGCCCAGGAUCAGAGCCAGUAUUUGUAGAUUGCUUUUUAUAUAGAAUACUUAUAUGUAAACCACUUCCUAUCUAGUCAAAACACUCUAGCAUUUGCUUACAUUGCCAAAACACAGGCUAUCAUGUACAAAGGCAUGAGCAAAAAUUUACUGACUUAGGUGCUUUUUGAUAUUCAUUAAAAUGCAGCACUGUAAGGGAUUCAGACUUUUUUAAAGGAUGGGCUGCUACUGCAGAAGAAUUUUUUACGUGUCUAGGAUGCUAAAAAAUUAUGUGUGGGAGUAUAUUUUUAUUACUUGUUUCUAGUAAGACAUCAACAUUUUUAUUGCAAAUUGUAUUUUUCCAACAAAAUGGAAAGAUUAUAUUUUCUAUUAGUUUCCAUAUUUUCAGAUGUUUAUUCAUAGUUAUUUUUAAGGAUGGAAAAUACCAAGUAUAUAAUUGAUACUGUAUAAAUCUAAAAGCACCAAUCUCUUAGCACUACUUCAACUACCUGAUUAAAAAACACAUAUUUAAUUGACUCCACUGCUUACAUAUGUACUGUUGGCUGUCUGGACUGUACAAAUAUGUGUGUUGGUAUAGAUGCUGAAUAAAUCCACCUUUCUUCAUGA